UACUAACCGCGCUGAAUCCGGGAAAACAAAGAAGUCUUGCAAACUCCACACAGGCGGGUCUGGGAUUGAACCCGCGGCGUCGGAAAAGAAGGAUCUCACCAGUUGCUUCGCCUUCUAAAAUGCACCAAAAUGUAAAAUAGUUAAGUGAUUGGCCACGGAGAUCUCUGUAGCUAAAAUAUUAGCAAUAUUUUAAAUGAAGUAUUUAUAAAAUAAUCAUCUAGAAGAAAUGGUCUUGUCGGCUAAACCGCUCUGUUCGUGUGUGGCUUAAAAUUGACGUCAUUUACGAGCGCCGACGUUCUCGCCCUGUGCAAGCAGCAAGCGAUAAUACAUAUAUUGGACAUCAAUGUCGUUUUAACUCGAAUAUUAACAAUAUUUAAAAAUUUUCUCAAAUAAUCAUCCAGAGAAAUUUGUCUUUCUGGCGGAACCGCUGACAUUCGUAGGCACCUCUGGAACAAAUGCCUGGCGGAAGGAAGUCCCUUUUAUUCUGUCGCUUAAAAUGACGUCACACACGGGCGCCGACGUUCGCGGACGUUAGCAACGCUCAGCGAAGCGGGCAGCGACUUUGAUUGUGUCCAAAAUGUGUAAAGUAAGAGUUCUGAGAACGUUGGUGAAGCAGCGGCUCGACGUAGCCGUCGAAGAAAUAUUUGAACUGUUUGAGAGGACGAUAGCGGAGUACGAGGAGGAACUUAGUCGAAGCCAAGAGGAGAAAAAACGACAACGCCAACUCCUGGACGCCCUUCUCAAUCCUCAUGUUCGACUGCAAAGAGCAGAAGUCCAACAAGUGUUAGCGGAGAGUCAAGAGGAAGUUCCCCUUCAUUCCGAGCAGCAGCAGGAGGAGGAUCCGGCAGAGCCCGCCCACAUUAAAAAGGAAGAGGAGGACGUGUGCAUCAAUCCCAGGCGGGAGGAGGCCAAGAUCGGCUCGUCGGCGCUGAACGUCCCCGUCAAGAGUGAAGAUGACGAAGUCCCGGCUCAAAGCCGAGCGGAGCCCCCGAGCACCAACGACCUCGCGCCCUUGUCCGACGUGGACGACGCCACGUCUUCUGACACCGAUAACAGCGACGAUGACAGAAAAGUAACGACGAAAACUAAGUCUAAAGAUGUGCAGCGGGUGUUGGCGGAAAGUCGAGAAGGGGAGUCGGACGAGCUGCAGCGCAUUAAAGAGGAAGAGGAGGACGCGUGGAGCAGUCGGGACGGGGAGCGGCUCGCGGCGGCUGACGUCAACGCGUGCGUUCUACCCGGUGGCCACUCGAAGAGCGAAGAUGACAACGGUCGCGCCUCGCAGCCUCAUCACGAACGGGAAAACAGAGGCGGCAAAAGCAAAACAGAAAGUGACAACACGGCUCCGCGAACACGGAUGGACGACACGACGUCGCUCUCUUCGGACACGGAUCGCAGCAACCAACCUUCGAAGGCUAAAAGGAAGUCCAAAAGCGGUAGGAUGCACCACGCCGACAGCAAACAGUUCAUUUGUUCCGAGUGCGGGAAAGUGUUCGUCCACAAGGGAACGUUGAACCGACACGUGAGGACGCACACCGGAGAGAAACCCUUCAGCUGCGCAGUUUGCGCCAAAAGAUUCUCCACCAACUCCGACAUCAAAAUACACAUGAGGACGCACACCGGGGAGAAGCCCUACGCGUGUUCCUUCUGCCCUCAGAGGUUCCCCAUCAAGUCAAACAUGAAAAUCCACGUGCGGGUCAAGCACACGGGCGAGAAGCCCUUCGCCUGCCCCGUUUGCCCCCAAAGGUUCUCCCGCAAGUCAGCCGUCAAGCUCCACGUGCAGGUCAAGCACACGGGCGUCAAGCCCUUCACCUGCUCGCUGUGUCCCAAAAGGUUUUCCAGUAACAAAAAUGUGAUGAUACACAUGAGGACGCACACCGGGGAGAAGGCGUUCGGCUGCGACGUGUGUGGCCAGAGGUUCUCUUACAAGUAUCAGCAGGACAAACACCAGUGCGCUGCCUCAGUGCAUCGCAACACACUGAAGCUUGAAGUCAGUGAAUGGCUGAAGAGUUUUCUACAGGCCUUCAAAAUGUACCUUUUGCCAUCCAGUAGAAGAGCAUUCAUUUGUUUCAUACAUUCCGUCAAAAUGUGCAAAGUCAAACUUUUGAGAGCGCUGGUCAGGCAGCGACUAAACGUGGCCGUCGAUGAGAUAUUCGGACUGUUCGAAAGAACCAUCGCCGAGUACGAGGAGGAACUUUCCCGAACAAAAGAAGAGAACGAGCGGCAGCGCGAACUUCUCGACAAUGUCUUCAAGCACCAAGGCGCUUUGGACGCACAAGACGUGCAGGAGGUCUUGGUGGAGAGUCAAGACGACGACGACGCCGCCGCCUCUGGCGAGGAGCUGGCGGUUACCCGCCGCAUUAAGAAGGAAGAGGAGGAGUUCACGUGGGAGAGUCCAGCCCCGCAGACGGCCGACGUGGCCACCAUCACGUUGUCCGGUGUCCUCGUGAAGGGCGAAGACGAUUUCGCUCACUCCUCGCAGCUUCACCGCAGUCAAAGCGAGGAGGACGGCGGCGGCGCGAGCGAGAUCACCAACACGGAAUCCGGCGCGGAGUUCUGCGAAUAUCUGCGAUCGCAAGCCAGCAACUCGGCGCCGCUGUCUGACGCCGACGACGCGAUGUCGCGCUCGUCCGACACCGACAACGCCAAAGAGCCUUCGGACUCCAAAGGUGAAAAAAAACUGUUCAUCUGCUCCGACUGCGGCAAAACCUUCGUCAACAAAAGCGUGUUGAAAAACCACAUGGUCACGCACACCGGGGAGAAGCGUUUCGCGUGCUCGGUUUGCAAUAAAAGAUUCUCCUUGAAGCACCACGUGAACCGACACAUGAGAAUCCACACGGGCGAGCAUCCCUUUUCCUGCUCGGUUUGCGGGAAAGGGUUCCGAGACAAGUUCGGCUUGAGGAGUCACAUGAGCAAACACACGGGCGAGAAGCCGUACUCGUGUCCCAUUUGCGCGAAGGGUCUGUCGUGUAACUCCUCGCUGAGGAUCCACAUGCGCCUGCACACCGAGGAGAAGCCGUUCACGUGUCCGGUUUGCGGCAAGGGUUUCUCCGGCAGUUCGUCUUUUAGCGUCCACCUCAGGCAGCACACCGGGGAGAAACCUUUCGCCUGUCCCAUUUGUAGCAAAUGUUUCUCCCGCCAAGAAACGCUCACUGUGCACAUUAAACGGCACACUGACGGCCAGGAGUAGCGGUGGCGCGAUGCUGCCCCCCCCCCCCCCAGGUCGCCGGUGAUACUACGACCGGUCUACAGUUUGGGCGCUUAUGCCGCUUAAGGUCCGUGUACUAGUACCCUCUUUGUCCUCACAAUUGAUACAAUCCAGCACGCUAGUAGAACGACCGUGUCUUACAAAUAUUAUUUGUUCAACUACUAGUGUCGCUUUUGGCCUAUUAGUACACCCUUAAGAUGUAUGGAUUUAUUCAAUAUCAAGAUUUUAUAUUGGAUAAAUGUUUAACCAUUUAUUCGCGUCUUUAAUAUACUUGCUGUUGAAUAAAUGUGCAAAAUGCUUCGAUAUCAAAUGGUGAUUAUGAAUUUAGCCCAUAUCCUCGAUACGCAGGUUAAGGUCCAUGUACUAGUGCACUCUGUUCUUACGAUGUACACAAUAACAGUUCACAAGUAGAAAGACUAGAGCACACUAGUGGAAUAAUUGUUUAAUACUUGAAAUGUUUUGGGUUUUUUUCACCGUGCUACUAGUUCCACUUUUGGGCCCACCCGUAUCGCAGUAGUACUGUAUGAAAAGCUCUGAGGAUGUGUCCGAUGUCCUAAAUUUCCAGUUUAAGGUCCAUGCACUAGUAGACUUUUUGUCCUCACUAUUAAGACAAAUGUGGCACUUGGAGAUUAACUGCUUAUCCGUGUUAUUUUUAUUGCUAGUCACAUAGAGUUCCACAAGUUAGUGCUUCACUACAAGUACUAGUAGCAUGCAGAUGUCAACUAGUGCACAGUUCUGCCUCGCUAGUAACAUAAUUAUCCAACUAGUAUGCAGAAGUGUCAUACAGUGCUGGGAGGAAAACAUACUAGAUGACACUCGUCUACUAGUGCGCUGAAUUGUCUUACUAGUGAGGACAAAGUUGAAGACCAGUACCUGGAACUGAGGAUGGAUGUCAAGGAUAUUGAAUUAAUGCUCAAAAGGUUUUCCAAUAAGCCGUAGAAGACAUUUUUUGUGUGUUUAUGGGAUCUCUCACUAAAAAAUAUUGAAAUUAAGAAUGCAUAUAUGUGUAUCGUAAUACCCUUAGCAGGGCUCGGCCGUUACCUUUAAACACCGCUAGGCAUUGACCCCUCCUCACAAUUGUUUAUAUUUCCUUAUAUUAAUAGAAUAAACUGUAAAUAUUUCACAAAUUAUUCAAGCAAAACACUUUGGAGUCACACUUAUUUUGCAUUAUCCUUAAAAAUAAGUGGCCUACAGAUGAUUUGAUUUUGGGAAAGAAAAAAAAAUGCAUGCGCGCCAAAGAUGCUCCGUGACUUUCAGUGACAACCCAGGCUAAACUUGGCUCCUCCUCGACACACACAGCUUUUGUUUCAGUCGAGACAUAUUUCCUUGUCAUGUGAUUCAAAUUUGUACGGCGCUUUACUGCGUUUCAGAAAGAGCGGAGAAAAAAAAUGGGAAUCGGGGCACGUUAAAAAUGCAAAUAUGGGGAAUUUAUGGAUCGUGAAGUGCAAAUUUCCGGCAUGUUACUUUACACUGUCGAAGAAAAACAAUAUUUUUCCGUUUUGCGUUGUGCCAAAUGAUUCCAAGAUUGUUUUGUCUUAAAGUUAGGAUCUACCUGAAGCUGUAAAUUAUGUAUCAGUUUUUUAAUGAAAUUUGGAAGAAAUGUAUCUUUUUUUUUUUUUUUUUUUACUUAUAAAAAAAACUCGAACUUUUUAGCUUUUUUCACAUUUUGUGUUGAGAUUUUGUAGCGACGCAACACCGUCCCUCCAAUAAGGCGAAUUGCAUGGUCGAGCACAACACGGAAUUUCCACCAGCUUUCGUGAUUCUUGCUCAAAGGCUGUACCAAAUUUUCUAUUUCUCACAUGCAAUGAAUAAAGAUGCGAUAUUGCAA